AAAAGUCUCAAGUCUCCUCUAUCAGCAACUUCACCGCCCCUUCCCUUUCUUUUUACCGUUUCUAGACUCUCCUUUAUUUAUAUACCCUUGAAUCUCAGGGCACUGACAUUCAUAUCUCACUCAUAUCAAAGGCCAUGGAUUGGUUUUCUUGGCUCUCAAAAACUGGCCUUGAGCCAACACUUGUUUAUGAGUAUGGCCUUGCUUUUUCCCAUAAUGAGCUUGAAGAAGAAGAUAUAGCUGACUUCAACCAUGAGUUUCUCCAAAGCAUGGGCAUAUCAAUAGCUAAACACAGGCUGGAAAUUCUCAAGCUUGCUAGGAAGGAGAGAGGAGUGACUCCAAGACCAGUGUCAAGGCUUCUGUUGGCAAUCAAGAGAACAAAAAGGAGCUUAGCCAAGCUCAUCGGGACAUGGGUUCAUCGCGAACAGUCAGCUCUUGUUGUUGUCAAUCCGAGGAGUAGGCCAGGAUAUGGUAGUAAAUGGAAAGGUGCAAUGUUGAAGAGAAACAAGAAGGUGAUGACGGGUACACAAGGGAGGCUGCUGCUCACAAAUGGGACUCCUCUAGUGGUUUCAGGGCCUGCUAGAGUUGCGAGCUUUUCAAGUCCUACGGUUUUUGACAACCAGAAGGGAGAAAAUGGAUGGGGAUGAAGAUGGAUACUGGUCAACAGCUCUUGAAGAGAUCAGGUGGGAUACAAUGUUUCAAGAUUUAAAACCAACUUGAAGGUUGUUUUCAUUUGCUUUUGUUUUUUAAAUCUAUUUUUCGUUAAUGAAACAUUUCUCCUAAUCUCUUUUUUUUUUUAAGUUUCUUCCACCAGAUAUUUUCUUCCGUGUGUUUAGGAAAUUGGUAAUUCUAGUAUCUUUUUUUC